CGUUACUGCGCCACCGUAUAGCUCGGUUGUUCUACGAUCGCAAUACCACGCGCUACAUAAAUUGUGAAAGUGUUGCUUAUAAAACGUGAUUUCUCGAGUGAGAGUAUAUUGCCGCGCCUAAGAACCAAGAAGACGUGACGCCCUCGCAACGUAAUAUCAGUGGAAGGGGAAUUGUCUCGUGUAUUUGAGCUUGGAGAGGGGUUCAAUGGAAGCGAGGUUCGUGACCUGCCGGAGUUUCCAGCAGAUCAAGCCGCCUGAGAAGAGCCUCGCGCCGUCCCCACCGACGGUGAAGGGGCUCCUGUCUCGAUUCGGGAGUCAGGCACAGGCUUUGUUCGCGCCCAAGAAACCCCGUUUUGGAUCGUCAGUAGCCAUACAUAAGCUCCGUGAAACCAAGUGGUUCAAACAUGACGAACAGAACAUACUGUGCGCCGUCUGCGAAUCAGGAUUCAUCCUCGAGGUGCGAGCUGAGGACCCACUGCCCCCGGACUCAGUACUGUCGCCAGACUAUCACAUGUAUGCAGUCGCCAUGUGGAAGAAGGGUAAAGAAAAAACAAAGAACCCGGAACAGAUAGAAGUGUACACAGUUCAACAGAAAGGUGUGAGAAAACGUGUCGUGAAGACCACACUGGGUGCCUUUUGGAAGAAGGACUCCGUGAUACGCAUCAACAAUGUGGACGAUAAACAGGAGACGCCGAACAACGAGAAAGAUAUCAGAGCAAAGCUGGAUAUGGCAACUAAGUCAAGGUUCGAGAGGAAUUGGCACAAUACCCUGCACUUCGUCCACUGGUGCAGAUACGGAGAAACUCCGCAAGAGGCUCGCAUGAGACAGAUAAGCGAGUCGUUCAAGUGGGGUAACGUCGGCAUGAAUAUGGGUGUGAUGCUUGUCAGUCAGAACUACGCUAGAGAAAAGGCCAAGUCCGUCUGAGUGUCAUCAACCAGCGGCACCCACUCCGCUGGUAAAUACUCUUGCUACGCCUGCUUCUGGCCAUCACCCAAGAAAAUCGACCACGUCUAAAUAAUGUUCCGGAACUUUUUUUUACGUUCCCAGUUUCAACAUGAAACGUCACUAUCGGUUUACGUUUGAAUUUGGAAUUGCAUUUCUGAUUUAAAUGUAGAAUUUAGAAUCCGAUUUGAAUAGAUUCUCAAUUCGGAUACACAUCCGUGUUGGAAUAACUUUCACUUCGGAACUAUUCUUGAUGAGAUCGGAUAUUUUUUUAAAUGGAUUUUAUGUAUUUGAAUGUUCCUUUC